ACAAAACAUAUGUACACAAGUACACACACAACUCAAUACAAUAAAAAACAAAAACACUGAAAAAUAUUUUUAAAAAAUACAAAAAAGUGGUAUUAACCCCUAAAAAGUAUAAAAUAAGAAAGAAAAAACCACACUUUUCAGCUGUUUGAUUGUGUCUUAGGCCAGCAUUAUGGAAACUGAAACAAGUGCAGAGAUUCAGGAUGAAAUCUUGCAGGAGAUUGUCGAUCGCGAAACACUUGUAACUGAAGCCAUUCCCCCAACUUCUCCGGGAGAUGAAGCAUCCGUUCACGACAAUGUUUCCACCCAAUCCUCGCAGACCAGUGAAAUGCUGGUGAAAAGCGUUGAGAAGGAGGAAAGAUUGCAGAUGCUGAGGGAAGUUAAUGAGCGUCUAAAGGAGCGUGAAAAGGAGGAACAGGAAAUCAAUGAAAUUGCAGAGCACGAACGACAGAUCCUGGAGAAAGAAAAAAGAAAAAGGUCGCUGGCCAACUUUCAAAGGCAACAGUCCAGAUUUGAAAAGGAGGAAGAGGAGGAGCAAUUGUUGUGGAACAAACUCGAUAAUGACGUCGGCAGUGAUCACGAAAGAAUAGACCGCCACUCGGACUUGGCCGCCUUCACAACGUCUUUGAACACAGCGGAUGAUGAAGUCGAAGACUCAAACGCUCCAAUCGAAUCCUCCUCAGAAACGGAACCAGAAGUCCUGGAGACCGGAAAAAAACGGAGCAUCAACCCCAUGCAGACGGUGGUCAAAACACUGAUGCUGGUGCCCAAUCUUUCCGAUAUUUCGCUGCAAAAAGAGUCGGAGUUUGACCUGAAGACUGCGAGGUCUCAAAAAUCAGUCAGGUCACGGAGAUUGAGCGUAGGUGAUGCUGAUAAGAGCUUUGAUUCCGAAUCUUUUGAGGGUGAGACAGGAGAAUCGCACAACGAUGCCCAGACUGUCAUAGAAGAUAGAUCAAGCAGUUCUAAAUCACUUCGAGAGUCGAUGUCCGACGGUAUAAUACCGGAUGUUCCAUUGCCUGAACCCAAGAAACCGGAAACCAAAAAGUACAUGGACUUCGAAGACUUCCUAGUUGACAUGCAGGAAGACAUUCCAGAGCUCGAAGUCGAUGAGAAUGAAGAACUUCAGAUUUUAAAGACGCAGAAGAUUGUUUCCGAUUUCAUCACCCACUUGAUUCAAAAUGUGAUCACAGCUGAGCGACGGGACGAGGAGUACAUCCGGAAGAGACUGGACAAGGAGAAGCUGCUCGCCGCCCUGCAGAGUAUCGUCCAUGACCACAUCCUGGUGAAAGAUAGUCACAGGCAGCUGCAGGAACGGGUCGUAGAUUACUACCGCCGCAUGAAGAACAAGCGACCUUUUGCCGAGUUGCCCCAGGCGGAGGAGAUGAUAUACUGCACCCGCCACGAUCAUGCUCUGGCCUAUCUGUCCUUCGGACUGGAGCGCGUGGCCAAGGCCAAGGAGAAAUUUUGCCUUCUGUCGACCAAGGCGACGUUGGACCUCAACCACGCCAUGCAGAUCGCCGUCAGCACGGAGGAGCAUCUGGAGCAGGCGGUGCGGCGUCUCCUGGUCCGUCCGGAUGCCGAGACCGACUUCCUCAAGCGUUUCGUUGCCCGCGAGCUGCGGCUGAUGGCCGACUUCCGGAACCAAAUCAGCUACACCCGACUACUGCUCAUCUCACAGAAACACACAUUGGGCCGUAUAACGGAGAAAAUCAAAGAAAUAGAGGUGGUUUGCGAUGGCGUAAGCAUGAAAGACUUUAUAAUGACACAAACCAAAGUGUUCGGACUAGAAAAGAAGAUUGAAGAGCGAAACCUGGAACUGAGCAAGCAGCGCAGCCAAUACCACACGGACUUGCACCUGACCAAGCAUCAUCGUGAGAAGACGCUUGGGCUGAAAAGUAGAAUAGCAGAACUCAAGGUUCAACUAAUAGAGAAGAACAAUAUUAAAAAUGAAGUGAAGAAAGAGCUUUGUCGGGCAAAACUGGAGCACAAAAAGAUCAGGGGUCGGAUAAAUGAGUUGAACUACCAGGGUGGAAUCCUGGCGACGCCAGCACUGAUGUACGACUAUGAUCGAACUGUGGCAUAUAUUCGGGAAAAGGAAAAAAGCGUCGCCAGUUUAAAGGAAACCCUGAAAUCAAUUGAUAGUCACCUUCAAAGUCUUUUGCCUCAUCCAACGAAAAGUCUAUUAUUUCUACAUGGUUCCUAACGGUUUUAAGCUAAAUACAUUUUCCACAAGAAUA